AUGUUUAAUGUCAGUUUCACAUUACAACGAUUGCAUGCUUCAUCGUUCACAUCUGCAGAGAUCGAAAAAUGUGUUGGACAGGCGGAUAUUCUUGAUGAAUUCUGCGAUGGGCGUCGCGGUAAACGCCAGAGCAAAUCACUGUGCCUAAAAACUAACAUGAAGGGCGAAACCCCCUUGCAUGUGGCCGCAAUCAGUGGCGAUAUGGAUCACGUGAUAAAGCUUGUUGAGGUGUUGGCUCACCCAGUCAAUGUAACAGAUGGUGCCGGAUGGCUGCCGAUCCACGAGGCCGCGUUUCAUGAUCGCACCGAAGUGGCUGUCUAUCUGUUGGAUCAUGGAGCUCGUCUGGACGAUCCUGGUUGUCCUUUGGACGCAUCUACUCCUCUGUUUGAGGCAAUUCACAAUGGAUCUCUGGCUACAGCACUAGUGUUAGUUCAGCGUGGAGCUAAUCUGUGGCACAGGUAA